AUGACCUUGUCGCCAAUGGAGAAAUGUGCGAAAAUUUUCACAUGAAGAUAGGCAAACCAUGUCGGUUGUCAAAACUAUAAGGUUCAUCAGGUUUCGAGACUCUAAUAAUGCAUGGAGAUACAACUUCUUUCGAACUUGUUCAAAGUAGUCAGCAAAGUUCGAGUGCAUAAAGAUUCCAGUCAUGAUGCCCGAAGUUCAGAUGUCUUUGAUUUCCCUUCUCUUCAUUUCCGCCUGGGUAUGCACUGUAUCUGCAAUAACAAUCUUAGAGGGUCCAACCAACACUGCAAGUGACCUUGGUACCUAUGCUAGACUAACAUGUCGAGUAGCAGAUCAAGGAAGCGAGCCCGUCCGAUGGUUUCGGAUUGACAACAAAAGCAUCAUCAGUACCGACAGCAAGAUCAUCAAGCGGGCCCUUCGGAGAAGACUGAGGAUCGAAGGCAACACGUUAUUAGGAGAGUACCAUCUUGUCUUUCGACAGGUGACUCGCGGCGAUAAUGGUACAUAUGCCUGCGGUGUGUAUUCAACUGAAACCAGGCAAACGAUCAUGUCUCCCCCGGUGUCUUUGAUAGUCGUUGAACAACCAACGUGUAGCCUAUCGUCUUCAGAGUCACUUGCACCAGGAGUGACUGUCACCCUUUCUUGUGCUUCCCAUAAUCCGGGCCUUGAUGUGAGCUUGUCGUGGCACAGACCUGCAGAACCUGAACAAGUAAUUUUCGGGUCUACAAACGUCAAUCAAACAGGCAAUACUCGAUACAGUCAACUAAACAUCACACUUAGACCAACUGACUUUGGUGAAAGUUAUAUGUGCAAAGAGGCAUCAUUGAUAGAACCUACCUUCAGCAAGGCGUGUACCAUUACCCCUCUCGAGACAAAUGUUCCUGUGAUUCUUUUUCCAAAGCAGAUGCAAGCAGUGCAGGGUCAGGAUGUUUCAUUCAGAUGCAUCAUAGCUAGUAAGAACCCUCUUACCUAUGAAUGGUAUAUCAAUGGUUUGAGAGAUUACAAUGCCAGAAAGGACAAGUAUCUCUUCUCUCCCGUCACUUUGGAUCACAACAAUACCAGAGUGGAAUGUAGAACCCGUGAUGAUAUCGCACAAAUGACCGGAAACGCCAGUUCCAUUCUGUACGUUUACCCUAAGAAUAUUCCAUCUGUGACCACAGAAGCGGUUGUUGAAAGAUCGCAAGAUUCAUCCAGUGUGACACUGGAUACCCACUUUAUAGGCGUUCCACAAGGCAAGACGACGCAAUCUACGGCAGAUAAAGUGACAAGCGAUUCACAAGCAGUCACAUCGCCUGAAAUACAAGAUACUGCAAAACCUGUGACGAAGGAACCCUCGGUGAAUACAACUGUCAAUAAUGAAAUUCUAAGAUCUCCAAUACCCCCAUCCAAUGUUGCUCAUGAUGACCUUCCAUCUGGCCUUGGAAGCACUAGUGAGAACAAGUGGUCAAAUAUGAUGGUUCCCGUAAUAGCCAUUGGAUCGGUCAUCGCAGUCCUCCUUGUGUGCGUCAUCGUUGUUCUCUUGCUCUUUCUUGUUCGUCAAAAUCGUGUCGCGCAUGGCAGUACGGCCGACAAAGACGACUCCCGUAAAAGUGACAUUCACAUGGAUGAACUUCGACAUCCUGAUGUGUCACCUGCCAACAGAACGUUAAAUAGCGAGAGUGCCGAGAUGGAAUGCGACGAUGCAGAGUGCUUAGGACCAAAGUAUUUUACGUUGGAACCUGGGAAACGAAAAGUACGUCGUCUUGAACGCACAUGUAGUCACAUGAUCAUGAACGACUCUGCGUCAGAGUACAACGUUCUGCGCAGGGAUGCAAGCCUAAGGACACCAGCAGGAGUUCAAAUGAAUGACUAUGUGCGGCCGGAUUCGCAAAUCUCCACAGGUGACGGAGACAUGAGUACAGUCGCAGCUUAUGCCAUAACGGAUGUAACCCUAGGAGGCGGAACGUCAUCUUUGCGAAGGAGCAAGAGCUGCUUAAGACCGUUACCCGCUGCGCCUAUCGAGGCAGUUAUGAACAGAAGUCAUUACAACAUUCCCAGAGACGCGUUCGCGAAGGGGUCAAGCGCAACUGAAAGUAGUGGGGACAGUGUGACAAUGUCAGUUGUACGACGUGUCAUGUCGGAUACGUUACCUGGUGCAUACAGGAGAUCCCAUGUCGCUACAGCCUUCUCACCCGCAGGUGAUGAAUACGCCGAGAUUGAUACUCCACCAAGAGCUUCUUCACCCAUUCACUUCUUCACCCAUUCUCGACCGAACUCACCGGACACCUUGCAGGAGAAUGGCCUCCAAUCUGUCAAAGACUUUGCCCUGUCUCUAGCCAGUAGCUACGAGAGUGGUUACGAUGCCGCAAGCAGUGAUGAUGUCAUGGAUUGCGACAUGUCAUCACCGUAUGCGACCAUAGACGUCCUUGAGCAGAAGGAUCAGUCAACGUUACCAGAGCAAACUGUCGCGGAAUCAAAUUUGGGCAAGGAAGCUGAACCUAAAAAGAUGCCAGUUUAUGCCAAAAUUAAGAGAACACGCGGGACGCAGGUGGAAGAUAAAAAUAUUGAUGAUGACAAUGAUUUGUUAAGUGAGGUCGUUUGCUGAAACUAUAUAUAGCGCCUACGCAAAGUAUGAUACAACGUAAUUACAUACUUCGAGAUUGAAUUACAGACGAUGAUCGGUACAAGAUGAUGGUGAAGUUCAUCAACGAAUAUCCAAUAGCGGCCUGCUUUUGGAUGGAUUCGGAAUCCAUGAACCGUCUGGUAAAGACGUAUCGGAAAAGACUAGCAAUUAACACGGUACUUUGUGUAAUGAUUGUAUAUUUUGAGUUUGUACGUGUUUGUUAGAUCAACCUUUGUGAGUAUCAAUCAAUAAUAAGAUACGAAGUUGUAGUCCUUAUCGAAUAUCUUCCAUCAUUCCUCUUAUCAUACUUAUGUAUGGCAUGGCCGUAGUCAUUGAUAACGGAUAGGGGUCGAUUCGUUACGGCAAACUUUCUGUAAACAGGUAAAGGUGAUACUAUUUAAUGCGUACGAUGUUGCUAUGGCUAUUCAGACUUUGUAAAAUCGUUUCUAACUCGUUACUUGGUAAAUAUUUAUACUUCACGAAAAGAGUGCAACCGAAAAGAUCAAAGCGAUCAAAUAAUUGUUGGGACGUCCUGUAGCGUGAAAGAAAUUAGUUUUCUUUCACAAAUCGUGUGCAAAUUCGUCCUGCAUGUUGGGAUAUUAAACUAGUUGAUUCUAUGAAUCUAUUUCUGGGCUUUCACUUAUCUCUAUCAGUUAGAACUCUAUAUUAAUUUGUUAGACAUAGUUAUAAUCUUUAUGACCUCGGUGCCACCAAGGACAUUAAGAUUAUAACUAUGUGGUGUAUCAUAAUGAGAUCACGUACACCUGUACAUCAAACAUCUGUCCAGUUAGACAUUAGAUUACAUAAUACUUAUUAAAAAAAGAUCAUCAUUUAUAAUAAUUGGUUGAGGGGCUUGAGACCCUAUGUUUUGCUGCAUUUAUUAAUGACAGUAGCAUUGCAGCAUGCAUUGUGUUGUAGUAUGGACCUGGUGGGUAUUUCAUGAAAUUUGUCAGCACUGACUAAAUUGUCAGAGCUGACAAUUUCAGUGAAAUCCUUGGUUUUGAUUGGCUGAAAGGCACUGGCCUCUGACUGUUACUAUGGUUACUGUCGGAGAAAGACAACUUGUCAGUGCUGACAACUUUCAUGAGACGGUCCCUUGGUUAUAGCCAGGAAUUGUUACAUCUAUGGUUGUAGCAAAGAAUGAUGAGUCAAAGAGCGGGAAUGAGGGGGUGUCGGGUGGGAUGAUGGGAUUGUGGAUGGGAAGGUGGGGGCUAAAUUACUUUUCCUACGACAUUUUCAAACACGGCGUCAGAAUAUGGUUAUUUCGUCAAAGACUACUUUUCAUAAAUAUUUCAUAGACACGAAUCGUAAAGCUGUAAAGUAAUUGGUAACGACUUGUACAACUUGUCACCAUGGCGCAAUGGGAUAAUCCUUGUGCUUAUAACAAGUAACGUAUAAUGGUAAGGUUGCGGGCUCGAAUCCCAAUAUAGGAAAUAACUUAAUAUGAUUUUUUUUUUCAUUAUUUUUUAUAAUAAUUCGGGUGGGACUGAACAAAAUUCAAGCCAAAGUCGUUUAGCACAAUUUGAAAAGUAAAAACGGCUUAUAUUUGUACGGAAAGAGAAAUUUACCAUUAAGUCGUAGGAAAAACAAUUUGGAGGGCGGAGGGGCGAUUUUUUUCCGUCAGUACUUGUGUACCUGACGCGAGAUGGGGGUAUACCGUAGCCGUAAUUUGUUUAUGAAUAAGUACAUUGAAAUGACAAUAUAAGAGGAUUUAUUUGGUCAGACUACAACUCAUGAAUAUUCACGGCGACACGAAACAUUAGGAUAUAGCCAUAAUAGCGUAAUUUCCGACCCGUUGAUCAGCUCGAUUGGUGUGGCUCAAUCAAGCCAUCACCUGCAUUCAAGUUCAUUGACGCAGGUUCGAGUCUCGCCUGGAACGAUUUUUGAAAGAAGUUUUAAAUUAGAAAUUGAGGCAAAAUUCUGAAAAAUACUUGUCCGAGAUUUGUUGUGUGGUUCAAAGACUACUCUCAUGUUAGGUACACAAGGACUGACGGGGUAAAAAAAUCGCGGGGGACCUUCUACUACAGCAGACUUUUGUUGUCAGCUUGUGUGGUACUACCGCACUGCAAGUUCGUUGAGUUCGUUAAAUUUGAUAUUUUUUCUUUCAAAAUUGUGAGUUUCGGAUUAUCAUUGUUUUUUUGGAUUAGAUAUUGAUUAUUUUGAGACAAAGAUGUGCAUAAAGCAUGGUAGAGUAUUUGACGAGAUCGCAUUAAAACUCCGUUUCGCAUUUCUCAAUCUAUAUUCUUAGUUAGUUGUAGGUCAAGUUAUACGCAUAUACAGAGUUUGGAAAAUUUUGCGUUGGACUGCAACUCUUGUGAUUCAGUCAGUAAUGCACAGUGAAAUCUUUUGAGACUUUUGAUUAUUCGGCUAUAUCCUCAAAAUUGGCUAUAGCAGGACGCUAUGGCCUGGUGUGAAACAUAAAUGACGCAUCUUAUUAUAUGUUCUUAUCACCUACCAUGAUGAAAAUAGAAAUAAGGAGUUUUUAUAUGAUAAGCAUCGGUCAUGUUGGUGAUGAAUUUUGUCUAGACUUUGUAUUACGCAAAUCUUUCAAAGAAUGAUGCACAUACUUAGAUCAAUUGUCUGAUGUCACGUCACGUCGGUUGGCACGAGCUGCAGUAUGGCAUAGCGUUUUGUAAUGACAGGGAGGGCCGUUGGGAGUGGGGGGAAAUGGGGGUGUAUGGGGGAAGACAUAUUCAUAGGGUGGUUUAGGAGAAAUUAUGAAAAUGAAGGUAACUCUUUCUGCGGCUACUUAUGAAAUCGCGUUUCUAGUUGUCGGGAGGGGUCUGAUCACCCCCAUCUUUCCCCUCUCUCUCUCUCUAGGAUUUUGAUGCUCGGCGCAGGAGGGGUGCAGACAGUUCUCCCUUAUAUACUGCAUUAGUAAGCCUUGUAUAAUUCUGAUCUUGAUUUUGGUCAAUACCUUAACCAAAUGAAUUGAUUUCCUUUCGAUUCGGGGCAAAAAAAACAGCCAUGAAUGUAUUUUAGAUUAUUACAGGGUAAACUCCAUUGUCCAAUUCUUCGUUAUUUUUUAGAGCAAGAAUUAAGGGGCGUCAAAGCUUAGUUGUUGUCACUCCCCUUGUCGAAGCGUCUCCUUGGUAUAAAUGUUUACUUCAUGAAAUCACAUGAUCGGGGGACGCCCCCUCCCCCUCCCACGAUAUUAUAAAACAGUUAACGUCCCUGAACACAACACUGUCUAGGCCUAGAGAUUGUCUGUUGAAUCAUCGCCAAAGGUAAACGGAUGUCGGUAUUUUCGUGUUUCCUACAGGGCGAUGAACAAUCAAUAUAUUUUCAUACUCGGCAGUCUUUUCUAUCAUAAAAAUGAUACACAACUUCGCUGGGAAUAUUAUCAUGAUAAUACUUGAUGUUUAAAAAAUGAUAGUAAAAAUGUAAGAAUAUUAUGUCGCCCAGACCGAAAUUUUGGACUGGUACCCCGGCUUGCUUGACCGGUGCUUAACCCCAACGCCGAACAAAACAAAAUUGCUUUUGAGCAAAACUGUCGAGAAAAUGCUUCAUUCUCACAUAAUUAUAUUUAUUGUAAUUUAUCACCAUACUCUCCAAAUAUUAGACCAUUUGCAGUAAUGAUGGAUGGGUAUUUAACACCAUUUUUCAGAAGUUUAAAAUGCAAUAACUCGGAGCAAGUCACCCGUCAUAUAAGAAUACAUUUUAAACUGGUAUCCUGGCUUGCUUGGCCGGUGCAUUUACACUCUAAAAAAGGUUUACCUGAUAUAUUGGGUAAAAUGCAGUAAUGAUGGAUCGGUAUUUACCACUAUUUUCAGAAAUUUAAACUAACUCGGAGCAAAUCACCUGUCAUAUUAUUAGAAAUACAUUGUUCAUUUUGUUUUCAUACAAUAUAUCAUGUGUCAUACAACAUGUAUAAUAACCUAAAAUGCAUUUAAAAUCUGACGUUUUUUUCCAUGCAUAAACAUGUUCUGAAUUAUAAUCAUUCAAUGAGACGAAAUGAUAUCGGAACUUUUCCUUACUUUUUUAAAUGAUAGAAUAUUAAUUUGCUCAGAUUAUCAUUUUAUGCAAUUGGCAUUGUUAAAUGAAUGUUGUUUUUUCCAAAUAUGAUCAUCCAUAUGUCAUGUCUGUAAUGAAUUUCAUUAACAUUUUUAUACUCAACGACAAUUGUUUGAUUGUAUAUUUUUCAAUAUGGUGCUCUAUCCAUUGCAAAUGGAAAUUUUGUGUUAUUAAAAUAUGUUAAUAUUAUGCGGAAGAUGACUGAUAAUGAAGAGAUAAUAUUCUUAUAAUACUGCUAAAUAAAUGAAUAAAUUUUUUUUUA